GCAGUUUGUCACUGUUUUUUUUUACUUCUGUCUACGAUGGCAAGUCGUUGAGCAUUCAAGGCUGACCACUUCUACCACCCGCCUGAUCGCAACAGCUCAGGCUUCCAAGUAAAUGGGAAUCGAAUAUACCCUCGGUGUAGCGGCACCAGUCUAAAACACAACGCCAUCUCCCCCUUCGCGAAGGCACCUCACGCGUACUCACUCAUUGUUACCAUGUCUGCGGCCUUGGAUGAAGAGGAUCUCUCGAUCUCCCUUCCUUCGUACGAGCAGAACAGGAAUAGAAACCCCCAUGGCCACCCGAGUAUACCUCAGCCACCGUCACGCCGUGGCUCCGAACGACUUGACCAGUCUCCGGCCACCGCUCGAGACAUGCAGCGUCUGGAUCAGUAUACCGCAGUUAGGAACCUGGGCGAGGGAACAUUUGGAAAGGUCAAGCUCGCUACCCACAGAGCUAGUGGGCGGCCAGUUGCGCUUAAGAUCAUACCCAGGCGGAAACUACAGUCGAGGGACAUGGUCGGGAGGGUCGAGCGGGAGAUUCAGUAUCUCCAGCUAUUAAGACACCCUCAUAUCAUCAAACUGUAUACUGUGAUUGCUACCAAGACCGACAUUGUUAUGGUGCUGGAGUAUGCGGAGCGGGAGUUAUUUGACUACCUGGUAAAGAGAGGAAGAUGCAACGACGAUGAAGCCCGCAUCUUCUUCCAGCAGAUUAUUUGUGCAGUGGAAUAUUGCCACCGCCAUAAAAUCGUGCAUCGGGAUCUUAAACCGGAGAAUCUCCUUAUCGACAAGGAUAAGAAUGUAAAGAUUGCUGAUUUCGGUCUGAGUAACAUUAUGACCGACGGGAACUUUCUGAAAACUAGUUGUGGCAGCCCCAACUAUGCUGCUCCCGAAGUCAUCUCUGGUAAGCUAUACGCCGGCCCUGAGGUUGACGUAUGGAGCUGCGGAGUCAUUCUUUAUGUACUUUUGGUGGGGAAAUUACCCUUUGACGAUGACUACAUCCCGUCACUCUUCAAAAAGAUAUCAGCCGGAAACUUCCAUAUGCCAUCAUACAUAUCGUCCGGCGCUGCCAAUCUUAUCAAGCACAUGCUUCAAGUUCACCCCGUUCAUCGAAUCUCUAUACCGGAGAUCAGGCAAGAUCCAUGGUUUUUAAAGGGCCUUCCGAAAUACUUGCAGCCUCCGGUUGAGGACUUUGUUGGUACCGGUGCGGAUCCAAAUAAAGCAAUUGACCCGCGGAAAAUCGCCCCAGGCAAGUCUGCUGCUAUCCAGGAACGCAUCCAUGAGAAUGCAGUUAUCAAACUCGAACGGAGGAUGGGCUAUGGCAAGGACGAUAUCCAUGAUGCCCUGAGAAAACCGGAACCUAGUGCGAUUAAAGAUGCUUUCUUUAUUGUCGUCGAGAAUGAGAUGAUGCAAAUGAACUCCCCAUCUGAAAAUGAGUCUGGUCAAGCUCCCAUCACUCCAUUUGGGGCCGGCCCAUCCCACUCUCAUCGCUACGGGCAAAUUCCUAACUAUGAUGUCAAUGCUCAGAACUCACCACUUGCCCCGCUAACUCCAUUCCAGACGAGGACCUCUUCAAAUACGCCCUCCCAGACCCCUUCUGUCAGCGGGACAGAAGAUACUCCACGGAUUAGCCACGUACGGAUUCUACCUACUAGCCUACCUUAUGUCCAUGACCAAAUAAUGAAGCAACGGGCGGAGAAAUCCGUGCCUGAUCUAAAUGAAGAGGAUGAAACAGCAGAAGAGAACCGGGGUAGAUCGUUGCAGCCAGACAAUAAAGAAUCCGAAGGGGAGGCCAGUAAAGAACUCUCCCCCGAAGAGCAAGCUGCAACUGCUCGGUCGCUUAGACCUCACUCACGGAGCAAAGUCGAUUUGGGCAAGCUACAGUACCAAAAGCCCAACCCUACAGCCCAGGCUGCUCCUACGCCGAAACGCUCUCGUAAAUGGCAGUUUGGCAUACGUUCUAGGAAUCAACCAUAUGAGGCGAUGUUAUGUCUCUAUAAAGCUAUUCAGGCGGAGGGAGGCGUUUGGGAGAUUCAGCCUGCGGAGUCCGACAUGAACGACUCCGAUAGUGGGAGAACUCCGCGAAUGACAGCUGAACUUCCUUCGGCACUCCAACACAGAUAUCCUGAUCUACCGGCAGACUACUACAUUCCGAAAGAUUUAUGGUUUAUUCGCGCGCGGUUAUUAAAGCAAGGAGUCCUCGCUCCCGGUCCAUCGAACAGUGCUCACUCUAGCCGCAGUGAUCUAGAAGAAUUCCGCCGUCGCGCGUCAGCGUCGGCUGCAGCUCUUGCUACAGCUGCUGGCGUUACUAGUACCGCAAUACCAUCGGCCCAUUCGACGCACCCUGCGCUUCUUGCGUAUGGUGUAUGGGUUUUCAUCGACAUUCAGUUGUAUCAGAUUGAGUCGAAAAACUACAUGGUAGAUUUCAAAUGCGAUGGCUAUCAAAAUGUCAUUCAGGUCGCCUAUGAAAAUAAUAUCACCUCGGAAUGGCGACCGAUAAGCAAACGGAUACGAAACAAGGAGAAAGAGGUGACAAGUCCUUAUCCUUUCUUAGACGUAGCGUCUGAUCUUGUUGCACAAUUGGCGGUGGUUAGUUGAUUUAUA